GUCACCUUGGCGUUACAAGCAAGCAAAGGAGUUUUGGUUUGGUUUGCUUGGCGGGCGGGUAUGACUGACGUCGCUGCAAGUCAACAUUGUCGAUCAAUUUUGAUUGAUUCGCUUACAUUUUCUGAUUGAGAACAGAUGCUCAAUUAAUUCACAUACUGAUAUUGAAACCAAUAAAGAAUAAUAAAUAAAAGAAAAAUGUCCUCGAAAAAGGCCAUCUUGGUGGGUAUCUCGGGCUGCUCGUCCAGCGGCAAAACGACGCUUGCCCGGCUGAUCCGCGAUAUUUUCCCAAACACUUUCAUCCUGCACGAGGAUGACUUUUAUAAACCCGAAUCAGAGCUACCAAAGAGGGCAGGUCAUGCAGACUGGGACUGCGUGGGGUCUCUCAACAUUGACCAGAUGGAAAAGUCGUUGACUUAUAUCCGAGAGAAUGGCCAAUUUCCUCCAGACUUGAACUCUAUAGAAGACCAAAACGCCGUUGGGAAAUGCCCAGUCUCGGACGCCAAGAUCCAAGAGCUCAAAACCAAAGUGGAAGAAUGGUCAAAGCCUGACGGACCUGGUCAUGGGCUACUGGUCCCUGGCGACUUGGGUCUUUGCAUUCUAGAUGGCUUCCUACUGUACACCCCUCCCCUCAAGCACAUAAUGUCCCUCCUCGACCUCAAGUUCUUCCUCCUCGUGUCCCGCGCCACGGCUAUCCGCCGCCGCGAGGCCCGCAUCGGCUACGUGACGGUCGAGGGCUUCUGGGCCGACCCCGAGGGCUACGCCACCGACGUCGUUUGGCCAAACUACGCCGAGUCGCACGCCUGGCUGUUCAAGAACGGCGACGUCGAGGGCGAGCUGGACAUGGAUGCGGUACGUGACAGUGACAUUUUGGUGCAGGCCGACCGCGGCACCGAUGUCGACAUGGAGAUCACGCUGGAGUGGGUGGUUGAGGAGUUGAUGAGGGAGUUGCCGAGGGUCGGGGCGAGGUGAGGGGUUUUUCUAUGUGAGGGGACGAGGUGGAUUGAUGGGUGUUGCUGUUUGCUGACUAUAACGUUUUUGAUUGAUCCCCCUGUCUCUCUCUCUCUAUUUUGUUUCGCUCUUCUUUCCUAUAGAUUUUCUUGUCUUGUUUGAUGCCUGCUAGGUACCUUAGGUAUGCUUGCUGCCAAAGCUAGUCCAACCCAAAUCGUUGCU